GCGCUGGUGGCGACGAUGCUUGCAGCUCCGGGCGAGAACAAGCGACCUCUCUUCGCCGCCAAGGAGAUCAACCAGUUCUACCUCGACAACGGGCCCAAGAUCUUCCCGCAGCGGAGUUACGGGCUCCUCACUCCGGUGGCGAAGUUGUUCAGCGCGGUGAUGGGUCCCAAGUACGAUGGCAAGUUCCUGCACGAUAAGAUCAAGAAGCUCACCAACGACGUUACCAUCGCCGACACCAUUACCAACAUCAUCGUGCCGACUUUCGACAUCAAGUUCCUACAGCCGGUCAUCUUUAACACGUACGAGGCCAAGAAGGAGCCGCUCAAGAACGCCCACCUAUCGGACAUCUGCAUCAGUACGUCGGCGGCACCCACCUACUUCCCGGCGCACUUCUUCAAGACCCACGAUCCCUUGGGAAAGGUACCGGAACGUGAGUACCACCUUAUCGACGGUGGCGUGGCUGCUAACAACCCCACCAUGACUGCCAUGUCGAUGAUUACCAAGGAGGUUCUGUGCCGGAACCGGGACUUCAGCCCCGGCAAGCCCGCCGAGUAUGGCAACUACCUCAUCAUCUCCAUCGGCACCGGUGCGGCCAAGCAAGCGGAGACGUACAACGCGCCCGACUGCGCUAAGUGGGGUGUCAUCCGCUGGCUCCACCAUGGCAACUUCAUACCGCUCGUCGCCAUGUUCUCCCACGCCAGCGCAGACAUGGUCGACAUCCACGUCUCCAUGCUCUUCAAGGCUCUGGGGGUUGAGAAGAACUACCUCCGCAUCCAAGACGACUCACUCCUUGGCCACACGACAUCAAUGGAUAUCGCUACCGAGGAGAAUAUGGAGGCGCUCAUCGAGAUCGGCAACAAGCUGCUCAAGAAGAAGGUGGCCAGGGUGAAUAUCGACACUGGGAGCUACGACUCCGUCGACGGCGAGGGAACCAAUGAGGAGGCGCUCGCGCGCUUCGCGAGCAAGCUCUCCAAAGAGCGCAAAGUGCGUCAAACCACCCUCAGCUCCCUCUAA